UUAUAAUUGCAAGUUGUUUUUGAUUGAUACUUAAAAGAUGUUUUUAUGCUUUGCAGUGAUUUCUGGGGAGGCCCUGGUCCUUUGACAGCAUUAAAAAGAUUGGAUGGAAGCCUGAAUUCUCCAACCAACCAGGACAAGAAGAAAUGGAAAAGUGACAUUCAGAAGAAUACAGCAUUGCCAAACUUGGUGACAAAAGCCAAGACUCAGCUCCCUGCACCGGCCUGCCCCAACAAUCUCCGUACUCAAGUGCAGGAAACUGCUUUCAAAAAAUUGUUCAACUUUGACAUCCCGGUACUAAUGUGGGGACCGUCAUUUAAUAGAGGAGAAAAACCUUACCCAGAAGCUACCGCCAUAUGGAUGGAAAAAUCUUUCUAUAGAAGAUGUUACCUCUACGUUAAAGCUACUCAAUGAUUCUGCAAACAGGGGACUUUUUGACUGGCAGACACCAAAGGGGUGUAUACGUUGUGCUGUGGUUGGAAAUGGUGGAAUCCUUAAUGGUUCCCGCAAAGGGGAAGAGAUAGACCAACAUGACUAUGUUUUCAGACUAAAUGGCGCAGUGAUUAAAGGCUUUGAGAAGGAUGUUGGUACAAAGACUUCAUUUUAUGGCUUCACUGUCAAUACCAUGAAGAAUUCACUGCUUAGAUAUUAUGAGGAUGGCUUUACUCAGACACCAAAAGGAGAGGGACUUCGCUACAUCUUCAUACCUUCAAAUAAGAGAGAUUAUGUCAUGCUGCGCUCCAGCAUUUUAGGAGUUCCUGUUCCUACUGGAGUUGACAAGGGAAAUAAGCCUUCGUUUUUCUUUGGCCCUGAAGCAACUCCCAAGAAAUUCAAACUCUUGCACCCUGACUUUCUGCUGUAUAUCCGAGACAAACUUCUAAAAUCAGAGAUAUUGGAUACACAGUAUGCUAACGUGUACAUGCCAAGCACUGGGGGACUGAUGCUGCUUACUGCCCUUCAUACCUGUGAUCAGGUUGAUGCAUAUGGAUUCAUCACCUCGAAUUAUAACCACUACUCAGACCAUUAUUUUGAUAAAACAAGGAAAGAACUUGAAUUCUAUGCCAAUCAUGACAUGCUCUUGGAAAUGUACUUGUGGCAGAAGUUGCAUAAAUAUGGAAUAAUGAAGCUGUACUAUAAAUGA